GCCACCGCCAGCAUCAUCUGCUCCUCCUCUAAGUUCCUCCGACAAGAUGAUCUACCAAGUCUUCGUUGCAGUGGCGAUCCUAGCUGUCGCACAGGCCUUCCCUGAUAAUUACGGCCCUGUCUAUGCCUCUGUUCCCAUCCCCUACAAUUUCAACUACGCUGUGAACGACGCUUACAGAGGAACUAAUUUCGGUCAGAACGAGAAGUCCGACGGCAGCAACGUGUGGGGAUCCUACACCGUCGCCCUUCCCGACGGCCGCAAGCAGACUGUCGACUACACAGCUGACCACGGUAGAGGAUUCGUGGCCAAGGUCAGCUACUCCGGCAAGGCUCAGCAUCCUCAAGUCUACGGUCCUGCCAUCACCUUCCCGCAAAAUGGCGGUGGAUACCACUAAAUGCGGCUCCUUAUAUAAUCACGUUUAGAUUUUUCGUAAAAAAAAAAAACAUUUUUAUGUAA